AUGAAAGCCUUUUCCGUUUUCUCGCUCCCGCUGCGUCGGGCCACCACCCGUCGACCAUGGACCUGCUCCGAAUGUCGUGCCGGUCCGGUUGCGCAGCAGUCCAGCCGGACAUCAGCACAGCAGCAACGGCUUGGCCAUAAGGCUGCUCGCGGAUUCUCAUCGACGAGUGCAAAGGCCUCGGUCGCAAGGGCGGCGCCGAAGAAUGGCAGUGGUCGGAAAGGUGGCCGCGUGUGGCUUCUUGCUUCGGGUGGCGGCGCUGCGGCCGCCGGCGCGCUCGCCUUCACCGACGACAUCAAGCACGGCUACGAGGCGGCGGAACGCGCAGGUCGAGUCGCCGCCGCGCUUGCGGUAUGCAUCAAUGAUUACCGAACGACUCUCAACCAGAAAGAGAGCAUCGAGGACCCCGAUCUACAAUCGAAGAUCCUGAAAGACUGUCACCAGCGAUGCGCCGACCGAACAUUGAAGGUUUUGGAGAAGAACGGCGGCAUAUUUAUCAAGCUGGGCCAACAUCUUAGUGCAAUGAACUACCUCCUCCCGCAAGAAUGGACCAACACGUUCAUUCCCCUACAAGACAAGUGCCCCGUGUCGUCCUUCGAGUCGAUUGAGGAGAUGUUUCGGAAGGAUAUCGGUCAAGAGCUGUGGGACUGCUUCUCCGAGUUCUCGCCCGAACCGAUCGGUGCCGCGUCUCUGGCGCAGGUACACACUGCCACCUUGAAGGAAACGGGCAUGCCGGUGGCUGUUAAAGUGCAACACCCUGGUCUCGGCGAGUGGUCCCAACUGGACCUGGCUCUGACCCGGUUCACCUUUUCGACUCUGAAGCGCUUCUUCCCCGAGUAUGACCUCGAAUGGCUGUCCUCGGAGAUGGACAUUUCAUUGCCGAAGGAACUGGACUUCAGAGAGGAGGCCCGCAACGCCAACCGCACAAGGGAGCACUUCUCCAGGCUGCCGGAGCACCCCCUCGUCGUCCCGGAGGUCCUCUGGGCGAAGGAGCGCAUCUUGGUCAUGCAGCGGGUAUCGGGACACCGGCUGGACGACCUCGAGUACCUCGACGCCAACGGCAUCGACCGCGACGAGGUCUCCGCUUGUCUCGCGCGCAUCUUCAACGAAAUGAUAUUUGGCCAUAACGCCCCUCUGCACUGCGACCCCCACGGUGGAAACCUGGCGAUCCGCAAGAACGAGUCCCGGCGCGGCCACAACUUCGACAUCAUCCUCUACGACCACGGCCUCUACCGGGAUAUCCCGCGCGACCUCCAGCGUUCCUACGCCAAGAUGUGGCUUGCCGUCAUCGACGGCGACAUGAAGCGCAUGCGCAAGUACGCCAAGGAGGUCGCCAACAUCAACGACGAGCAGUUCCCCCUGUUCGCCUCGGCCAUUACGGGCCGCGACUGGAGCGUCCUCAACAGCGAGGGCUCCGUCCUGCAGACGCGCACGGCCGACGAGAAGAAGGAGAUGGGUGACGCGCUGCAGGAAGGGCUUAUCGUCGACCUCGUCCAGCUGUUGGGCCAGGUCCCGCGCAUCAUCCUCCUCAUCCUCAAGACCAAUGACCUCACCCGCAGCCUCGACGAAAACCUGCACACGCGCCAGGGCCCCAUCCGCUCAUUCAUGAUCCUCGCACGUUACUGCACGCGUACAGUGUUCGAGGAGCAGCUCGAGGACCUGAAGCGCCGCGGCUCGCUGCUGUGGCCGCCGAACACAGUCCGCCUGGUGUCAGCAUGGAUCAGCUUCUGGAGGGUCGAGGCCAAGCUCGGUGUCUUUGAGCUCUUUCUGAGCGUCAAGAGGAUACUUGGGCUGAAGGGCACCGAGUUUGCUGCUCCGGGAAUGUGA